UUAUCGGUAUAAGGGUAAGAGAAAAGGAGCGAACUCACUGAAGCAGAGUGUGGCGGAAAACCAACGUCAGAAGAAAUGUCCAAGGAAGGACAAGUGGUUUGCGUAACCGGAGGGAGCGGAUGCAUCGGUUCUUGGCUCGUUCGCCUCCUUCUCGAACGCGGUUACACAGUUCACGCCACCGUAAAAAAUCUCAAUGAUGAGAAUGAGACGAAGCAUCUAGAAGCCAUGGAAGGAGCAGAGUCGCGUCUUCGUCUUUACCAAAUCGACUUGCUCAACUAUGACUCGAUCCUUGCUGCUGUCGACGGUUGUGCUGGCGUAUUCCACCUGGCCUCUCCCUGCAUCGUCGAUAAAGUUCACGAUCCACAAAAAGAGCUUCUGGAUCCGGCUAUCAAAGGAACCUUAAAUGUGCUCACUGCGGCAAAGGAGAAAGGGGUUCGGCGCGUGGUGGUCACAUCAUCUAUAUCUGCUAUAAUUCCUAGUCCGCAAUGGCCAGCGGACGUCAUCAAGUCAGAGGAUUGCUGGACUGAUAUUGACUACUGCAAGCAAAAUGGAUUAUGGUAUCCACUUUCCAAAACCUUGGCUGAGAAAGCUGCGUGGGAGUUUGCCAAGGAGAAAGGUUUGGAUGUGGUGGUGGUGAACCCUGGUACGGUAAUGGGUCCUGUUAUUCCAAAGACUCUGAAUGCAAGCAUGUUGAUGCUUUUGCGGCUUCUCCAAGGUUGCACGGAGACAUACGAGAACUUCUUUAUGGGAUCUGUUCAUUUUAAAGAUGUAGCCCUGGCGCAUAUCAUGGUAUAUGAAAACCCAUCAGCAUCUGGCAGGCACUUGUGUGUUGAAGCCAUAUCUCGUUAUGGUGAUUAUGUAGCCAAGGUUGCUGAACUAUAUCCCGAAUAUAAUAUUCGCAGGCUGCCAGAGGAUACACAGUCAGAGUUGUUAAGGGCAAAGGAUGGAGCUAAGAAGUUGAUGGACAUGGGUUUAGAGUUUAUUCCAAUGGAGCAAAUUAUCAAGGACGCUGUUGAGAGUUUAAAAAGCAAUGGGUUCAUUUCUUGAAAUGAAAGGUUUAGAUAAUUAACCCAUAAAUGAUGAUUUACAGCUGAUGAGUAGAGAGGAAUUGUGUCAAGAGAGCAGCUGUAAUUCUUGUUUCAGGCUUUAUGUCAUUAUGUGAAUGAGUGUAGUCAGCCACAUAGGAGUGCUUUAAGGUUUAAAGUGUCAAGACCUUUUGUAAUUCUACUGAAAUAUAUAUAUAUAUAUAUAUAUAUAGGUCUUAGAAUCCAGUCAACUAGAGGCAAAUAAUUGGUAGUGACAAGAUCAAUGAGAUGGAGUUAAGGUUGCCUAAGCUAUCGAAUUUUUA